GGAAAUGAUGUUGGAGAAUCAAAAAGAAAUUCCAACAAUGAAUUAACCAUCAUGAAACAUACUUCAUUGCAUCGUGAACUUGCUGCUUAUACCGAACUAAUGCAUUGGUGUAAAGCAAUGGAUAGAAAAUCUUUUUUGGCACUUACUAAAGUGUAUACAACAUCUUUAUCUAAACUUUAUGAAAGGGAUAUAAAAUUAUUUUUAGAAGAUGCGAAAUUGAGAAUAAAUGCUGGUCAUUUAUCUAAUUCAAAAGAAGAUAUUAGAAAGUCUACUGGUCCACCAUCAGAUUGGUUAUUAGGCGUAGACAAAGAAUUUUGGACUCAAGAAAGUGAUACUCAAGAACGGCAAAGAUUUGACCAAGUAUUGGAAGCAGUUCUUUCUGAACUCGAACCAAUUUGUUUAUCAGAACAAAAUUUUUGUGUUUCAUUUUUUCAAUUGGAUAUACUCAGCCCUACUACUAAAAAUACUCAAACAACCUUGGAUGGAGUAGAUGUAAAAUCAAACCAAGAAAUAUUACCAUCUUUACCAAAGACUAAAAUUGAAAAAAAAAUUAAUGAAGAAGUUAGAAAAAUGAUGGGUGAAAUUUUUGCUUGUAUAGAACCAGAGUUGAUUGGAUUUAUUCAAUAUCAUGAAAGAAUGGAUAGCACUUAUUCAAUGGCUGUUUUAGUAAGAUUAGGCCGUCAUGUAAUGUCUGCGAAUGACACAGGCUCCUUUUUAAGUAUGACUUAUGGRUCUGCAUUAGUUCAUGUUAAAAGAAAUUAUGAUAAACUCAUGCAUGCUCACUUAAAAUCAAUUCAAGAUGUAAGAAUUAUUAAAAAGUCUAAAUGUGGCAUACUUCCUUUUGUUGCAAACUUUGAAUAUUUUGCUAAAACAGCUGAACAAAUAUUUAAAGAAACAGAACGUCGAACUGAUUUAGAUAAAUGGUAUCUUAAACUCUUAACUGUAAUGUUUGAAACUAUUCAUUCAAUUGCAAGCGAACAUCCUAAGACUCCUGCUGAAGUUAUCAGAAUGGAGAACUUUCACCAUUUGUAUGCAUUGCUGUCUCAAUUAAAAAUUGGUAUAUUAGAUCAGUUCAGAAAAGAUGCAAAACAAAAAUAUAGUGAGGCAUUAAGUGCUUAUGUAACUCGUUAUUUUGGUAGACCUCUUGAAAAACUAAAUUUAUUCUUUGAAGGCGUUGAAGCUAAGGUAUCUCAAGGUAUUAAAGAAUCAGAAGUUGGUUAUCAAGUGGCUUUUAGUAAACAAGAAUUAAGGAAAGUAACUAAAGAGUAUCAUGGGCGAGAGGUAAAAAAAGGCUUGGAUCAUUUGUAUAAAAAAGUAGAAAAACAUCUUAGUGAAGAAGAAAAUUUACUACAG